CAAAGGCCCAACACAUCGGGGCAGGAUGCGAAGCAGUCUCGCUGCACACAAGCGUGCCUUCAGGAAGAACCAUGCAUCGUCCAACGUAGAAGUGAUUGAGUCAGCCUCAUCCAAGGCGCCAUUUCGUCAAGCGCGGAAGUCGGGUGUCCUGACGUUGCCGGCGAAGGGAUUGACAACGUUUCCAGACGAGGCGCUGCGCUUGAUGGACUUUCUCCAACCGGACGAGAAAGGAUGGGAGUGUGUGGACUUGAUCAAGGUUGAUCUCAGUCACAACGAGAUUGCAUCGAUUCCUGCAGACAUUCAAGGUCUGUCGGGACUUCUUUCAUUCAAGAUAUGCCAAAACAAGUUGGUCGAAGUGCCCCUCGAAUUAUUCUCGCUGACUUCGUUGGUAUACCUCGACUUGAGCAACAAUUGUUUGCGAGGUCCUUUCCCUGAUCCACUCGGCCGCCUGAACAACCUGAAGGAGCUUGUCUUGUCAGGCAACAAGUUGACGACCUUGCCGCCGUCAAUGGGGGACCUGACCAAGUUGGAAGUUCUGCGACUAGAGGACAAUUCGCUCACUGGGUUUCCCGACUCCUUCGGAGGGCUCCAAAAGCUUCAAACGUUGACGGCACAAAACAACAACAUUGAUAGGAUUCCCCUGUCGUUCAAGGACCUCCGACAGAUCGCGACGCUCGACUUGAGCAAAAAUCAAAUUACGAGCCUCAUCGGGUGCUUGAAGAACAACGAAAGACUCAAGUUUUUGGAUUUGCGCCAAAAUCGACUCGGCACAUUCCCAGAGCUCCCAUAUGAGUGCACGUUGGAUACGCUCUUCCUCGGAUUCAACCAGCUCACGACCAUUAACGCCGAGUCUCUCGUGCGGGCGAAGGAUCACUUGACUAUUCUCGACAUCCGCGACAACAAGCUGGCUGUAUUGCCUGACGAUAUUUGUCAGCUCCAUCGGCUCAAGACACUGGACGUGUCAAAUAAUGACCUCUCGGACCUCCCACCAGGCUUGGGUUAUUUGGUUCAUCUGCACCAUAUCCUCACGGACGGCAACUCGAUGCGGGCAAUUCGACGAACAGUCCUAUCGUCUGGGUGCGAGCCCCUCAAAAAGUACUUGCGCACGCGUGGAAAGCCCCCGGCUGGAGUAAACGCACUUGACGAAGAAUUUGACGAGUUCCAGCAAGAGCCGGUGGUUACCGACGUCGAACUGGGUUACGUUUUGCGGGAUGCGUCAGCGUCUGGGACGCUCGAGCUCUCUGACAAAAAGUUUUCCAAAGUACCGUUGGACUUUUGGCGACGAGACCCAAUGGUGGAGAAGCUACAAGUACUCGACUUGUCCAAGAAUGGCCUAGCCCUCGUUCUCUUUGAUGUGGCUACAUGCGUGAACUUGCACACGUUGGUUCUCGACGAUAACGUGCUUGAGAGUGUUCCAGAAUCGAUCCGUCAGCUCGCCCACUUGCAUACCCUGCGCCUCCGCAAGAACAACCUCGUGGAAUCCACGGUCGAUCCCAUCCUCGGCCCCGGCACGCCGCUGUCGUUUCGUCUUAAAGAACUCGACCUUCGCAACAACUCGCUGCGUUGUGUUCCCAGUGGCAUCGCCAAUCUCUCGGCUUUGCAAACCCUGCUGCUCUCGUUCAAUCAGAUCUCGACGCUGGACAAUGUGGAUUGGUCCCGCCUGGUGAAUUUAUUUCAACUGAGCGUCGCGGACAACAAGCUGGUGUCCCUGGGCAACUUGUACCACCUGCCAAAGCUAACGUCGCUGUCUAUCGAAAACAACAGCUUGACCCAGAUCCCGGGGGAAUUGGGGCUGAUGAAACUCAAAACUCUCGCCAUGAAUGGCAAUCCCCAGCGCACCGUUCGCAUGGCGACAUUGAACAAGGGCAUCGACGACUUGCUACUCUUCCUGCGCAAUAAACUGACCCCUGCAGAGAUCGAAGCUUUUUCGGCGCCGCAUGCCAUCAGUGAACCCAGCCCCACUAAAAUCCCGACAAAAAGCUCUCCCCCAUUAGUGAAGCCCCCGGCACCGUCAUGUGUCGUCGACGCGCCACCUCCUCGACCUGCUGAGGCACCAGAAGUGACCCAGCCAGCCCAACCCAGAGGCACGGAUGACAAAGGCCAGGGUACUUCUGCGAUCGAUGCCCGCAUUGCUACAUUGUCCGAGCAGUUGGAAGACCACGGACUCUCAGCGGCCAAACGCUAUGCUCUGAAGAAAGAUUUGGCCAAAGCGCGGGCAGAAAAGAUCCGCGAAAGUCGCAAAGGAAUCAGCUAGAGUAAAUGAAAUAUUCAGAGGGACUUAAACGA